UAGCAUGUUACUUAUAUUAGUAUUUUGCAUUUUCCAGUUGUAAUAAUUUUGUUUGCAGGUAUUGCAAAUUUGCACAAUGCAUAUAAUAACUGCUUUAGCUAUAGUAGCAUUUGUUCAUGUAACACUCUUUGUCACAGAUUAUAUAUUGAAGAGUUGCUUGUGUCUACCAUAUAUGGAAGUUGUCAACCACUUGGGGCUGGUCAUCAAACCUUUCCAACUUCGUGUGUCAACCCAUUGUUUUAAUAGACGUCUUGCCAAAUGGAGCUACAAUAAUCCUUAUUUCAUCAAAUUAUGGAUGAGCCUUGGAGUACUUGUGGUGUUGGCACUGAUUGUUCCCAGCAUUUUUCUCUUGGCAUACAAUGUUGUCCAUUGGCUUGCCACGAGUCCCUCACCAAGUGACAAACCUGGUAGCUCUGCUGAUGACACAUCUAAUAAGCCUCCCUUAUUGCAGCCUAUUGUUCCGGGGGUGAAUCUGUCUUCGGAUGAGCUGCCAACUUAUAUCAUCACGCUGCUUAUUUCCUCUGUAAUCCAUGAGGCUGGACAUGCUCUGGCUGCUGUCAAGGAAGGUGUUAACGUUGAUGGUGUGGGCCUCAUCGUUCUUUUUAUUCUACCUGGAGCAUUCGUGCUCCUGCCUUCUGAUGCAAUGAAAUCAUUACGGCCUUUUCCUAAGCUCAAGAUCCUAUGUGCUGGUGUUUGGAACAACAUAGCACUGGCAGGCGUGGCUCUAUUGCUCGCCCAUCUUCUUCCUGAGUUCUCAGUGCUGCUUUACUCGCGAGGCCGAGGCGCUGUUGUCACAAACAUCUUCGAGAAUUCUCCAGCUCGAGGACCUCGCGGUCUCUUCAUUGAAGAUAUCAUACAAGACGUGAACGGGUGCGCGGUGAAGGACUCACUGUCAUGGCACGAAUGCCUCUUGACAAACUUGAUGGAAACACAACGCGGCUUUUGUGUACCAGAUUCUGUUGUGUCACAAAUGGAUGAGACCAUUGAGCACGCUGCAGUGGGUGCUAGUGGUGCAGUCACAUGCUGCCGGAAACCUCGUGCAGAAUCUGUCGGCAGCGAUCAUCUCUGCUUUGAGCUUCUGACAGACGUGAGCGACGACGACGCGCAUCUGGUGCCCAUGCAUCCAUUUUCCUGCCUGCCUGCUCGGUCUGCUCUCUCCCGCAGCCCCGUGGUGUGCAAAGGCACAACCGAAUGCCCGACGGACCAUUACUGCUUAGCGCCGUCUGUGGGAGCCGAGGAGCGUCUCCUGCGUAUUGCCAGGACUCCCAUGAGCAAUGCAUGGAGAGUCCCUGCGGUUACGGAAGCGUCACAUGGACAACGCAAGCUAUCAGAUCAUCACGCCACUGCCGACCACGAUGGCAACGAGACUCUCAUAACGUCGGAGUUGAGACGUCAGUUACAGGAAGUUAAAGGCAAGAUAGCGCAAAAAAUUGACCCAUAUGUAAACACAAGGAGCCUAAAUAACGAGGAAUCGCAGGAUUCACCAUCUCUCGCAAAGGGAAAUGAUUAUGCCAAAUACGAUUAUUUGGUUGAAACCGAUGAUGGUCAUACAGAUGAUGUUGAGGCUCUACCCCUUUUCAACGACGUUCUUUAUUUAGGGUCACCUGCUUUGCUUUUCCAAACUGUUAAAGUAUCUGAUUAUUUGCCUAGGAACAAAUUUAUCUCUCUUGGUUGGAUUGAAGAGUUACAAGAAGUGUGCCUGUGUUUCGUAAAAUUCUCGGGUGCGUUAGCACUGAUGAACAUGGUGCCUUGCAUAGGCUUUGACGGUCAAUUCAUCGCCGACACAUUAGUUGAGUGGAGCUGUAUUGGGAGGUGUGAUCGCAAUGACGUCCGAAUCAUGAAGGCAGUAAUAACUGCCGUGGGCACAGCGCUCAUUGCAUUGAAUAUCCUAGUGGGUAUUUCUUCACUGAGUAUAACUGACGCACCGCCUCACACGUCUUGACGUAUCGCAACGACUACUUAAAAAUUGUUUUAGGACUCGUUAACAUAGCUCGUUUUUAUGUCAUUAAUCAUUGAUGAGUGGUAGAAGAGGAUUGAGUAAAUUCCAUUUUUAAGAUUUAACAGUUUCAUUUUUAGCGCAUUUUAUCAUUUAUGGAAAAAAUGCACUAUUGUG